ACUCGCGGCCGCGCGCCGCCGCAACACCUUCUGGCAUGACUAGUCGCGCACGCCCGCUGUCGCUGUCCCUGUCGCUGCCGCCGCCGCCGUGCUGCUACUCGUCAGUGCGCCGGUGAUCGCCAUGGUGAAACCCGUGACGCCAUAUGCGACGUUCCUGUUGACGAUCGGCGCACUCACCAUGUUCGCCUCUGCCAAAGAUAUUCCGCUGAUUGACGUGACGGUGGUGGCCGGCGAGUCUGCACGCCUGCCGUGCAACAUAUCCACCAGCGACAUCGGCGACACGGUGCUACUCGUGUUGUGGUACCGCGAGGACCUCGGCACACCAAUCUACAGCGUGGACGCCCGGGAGCGCGACUUCUCGCAGGCGGAGCUGUGGUCGGACGAGCGCGAGCUGGGCCGGCGAGCCUACUUUGUUCGCUCCGGGCAGACGGCGGCGCUGGCGCUGGACCAGACGCUGCCGCGCGACCAGGCCACCUACCGCUGCCGCGUCGACUUCCGCAUCGCGCAGACACGCAACACGCGCGUCAACCUCACCGUCAUCGAACCGCCAACGCAUCUGGUGAUUCAGGAUGAGGCGGGAAACAAUCGAACAUCGGUCGUCGGACCAUACACCGAGGGAGACAGCCCUUUUCUCUAUUGUGACGUCUAUGGCGGAAGGCCCCGCCCGACGGUGGAGUGGUACCGGGACGACCGGCUGGUGACGAACAAGUCGGUGCAGGUGCCGGGCGGGCAGCUGCGCGCCGAGAUGGCCCUGCGGGCGCUGGGCCGGCAGGACCUGCGCUCCAGCCUGCGCUGCCGCGCCUACAACAACCACCGCCGACCGGCGCUCGAGAGCACCGUCGUCGUCGACAUGAACCUGCGGCCCCUGGAUGUGCGGCUGCUGGGGGUGGGGCAGCCGCUGUCUGCCGGCCGCCGCUACGACCUGCUGUGCCAGUCCUCUGGGUCGCGGCCGCCCGCCAAAAUCACCUGGUGGCUCGACGGUGCCAGACUCGACGGCUCAAAAGAGACGCUGUCCGCCGACGGCAACACGACGACCAGCACGCUGUCUUUCGCGGCGAGCGUCGACGACGCAGACAAGCGGCUGGCCUGCCGCGCGGAGAACAGCGCCGUCUCCAGCGAAGCCCUGGAGGACGGCGCGCGCCUGCAGAUACACUAUGUCCCCGUGACGACGCUGAAGCUGGGGACGUCGCUGCGGCCCGAGAGCAUCCGCGAAGGCUCCGACGUCUACUUCGACUGCCACGUGAAGGCGCAGCCGCCCGUCACCCGCGUCGAGUGGAGGCACAACGGCCGUCCGCUGGGGCCGAGCGCUUCGCGCGGCGCCGGCGUCAUCCUCAGCAACCAGAGCCUGGUGCUGCAGUCGGUGGGCCGCGCCAGCGGCGGCAACUACUCCUGCGUCGGCGUCAACUCCGAGGGCGCCGGCGAGAGCAAGCCCUUCCACCUGGACGUGCUCUACGCGCCCACGUGCAAGCCGAACCAGAGCCGCGUGAUCGGAGUGGCCAAGAACGAGCGCGCCAACAUCUCGUGCGAGGUGGAGGCGAACCCGGCGGACGUGUCCUUCCAGUGGGCCUUCAACAACUCUGCGGACAGCCAGGACGUGGCGCCGUCGCGCAUCUCGCUGGCCGGCUCGGUCAGCUACGUCACGUACACGCCCGUCACGGAGCUCGACUACGGGACGCUGCUCUGCUGGGCGCGCAACCGCGUGGGCCGCCAGCGCUCGCCCUGCGUCUUCCACAUCGUCGCCGCCGGUCGCCCUGACCCCGUGCACAACUGCUCGGUGGUGAACGCGUCCACGGACUCUCUGUCGGUGCGCUGCUCCGAGGGCUUCAACGGCGGCCUGCCGCAGUCCUUCCAGAUCGAGGUGCGAGAGGCUCAGUCGCAGCACCUGCGGGCCAACGUGUCUUCAGCGACGCCCGCCUUCAACGUGGGCGGCCUGCGACCCGGCGAGCGCUACCAGGCAUCCGUUUACGCGCACAACCCCAAGGGCCGCAGCGACCCCUUCGUCAUCACCGCGGCCACCGUGCCCGCGCCUGAGCGGCAGCUCACUGCCAGCCACCAAGAGCGGCCGCGCGGCUCGCUGCUGACUCCGGCGCUGAGCGUGGUGGCGGGCGUGGCGGCGGCCCUGCUGGUUGUGUCGCUGGUGACGGCGACACUGUAUGCUUAG